CUUGGCUCUGCCUCCAGAAAGCAACGGAGAUCCCACCUGGCACCAUGCAUAGCCUCACCCUUUGCUUCCUUUUCGUUCUUCUGGCUCCAGCUGAUAGCAUCUUCUGCUUCAACUGCACCAGUAGUGAAGGCUAUAACUGUAGCACAACCCAAGAAAAAUGCACUUCUUCAGUAAAUAGCUGUAUUACCAUUGCCCGGGAUGAGGACACAGGAGCCCAGGAUAUAGAAAACCCAACCUAUGAGAAGAAGUGCAAUACUGAUGAUCGCCUCUGCAACCAGUUCUAUGGGUUGGUGGCGGGGGAUUUCCGCAUGCGUUGGAACUCCAGCUGUUGCCGCUCUGACCGCUGCAAUGAUAAGAACAUCAUAGUACAAGCAGCAUCUCAGGUUCUCAACGGUGUUCGUUGCAACUCAUGCUUUGCUCGUGGCACGGAUGUGUGUUUGAACACCACCGAAGUGAGCUGCACGGGGCAACUGGACCGCUGCAUCCAUUUUGUUACCGUUGCCAAGAAAGAGGCAGACAAGGACCAACAGAUUGCCUUCACAGGCUGCGCCACCAAGAACAUGUGUUCCAUGGGAGCUACUGCGCUGUUUGCUACGGGCCGCCAAGUCUACGUCAAGACCAUCAUGUGCAGUGGCGCUCCAGGAGUCCCUUCCCAGCACAGCCUUGUUCUAUCGGCCCUGGCAGGGUUGUUCUUCCUUGCUUACCAGUCUUGAUUCCUUUUUCACACCUGUUAUCCAUGUUUCCCCCCUUGUAGGCCUUACUCCCGUCUCACUUGUAUGUUCCAGUUUCCCUCUUGGAAGAUGCGUUCUGCACCUUUAUUGUCACAUCGGACACUCCUCUCUGCAUAAUGUGCAGGUGUUGCCCCCCAACUUAAGGGCUCUAAGCCCUGGUGGAAAGUGGUCUAUGUUUUAUUCAUCCCUUUUCCAUCCAGCUGAUGUUUGUAAGGGCCUUGUUAAUGCGCCUCUGUCACACUGAGGCUCAACACAUACAUAGAACCUAUGAAGUUCAAAGACAGAGGUAUAUUGGCUCUCCUGCUGGAUUCUACCGAGUGCGAAAGGUUGCACAUGCUCUUUACUUCAUCUACCCUCAAAUCAAAAAUGUGCCGCAAGGGAAGACCCCCACUUCCCUUAUGCAUUUUACACACAUUUGCAAUUGUAUUCUUGUGUUGUCGAAGGCUUUCACGGCCGGAGAACGAUGGUUGUUGUGGGUUUUCCGGGCUGUAUUGCCGUGGUCUUGGCAUUGUAGUUCCUGACGUUUCGCCAGCAGCUGUGGCUGGCAUCUUCAGAGGUGUAGCACCAAAAGACAGAGAUCUCUCAGUGUCACAGUGUGGAAAAGAUGUAGGUCAUUUGUAUCUACUCAGGAGGGGUGGGGUUGAGCUGAGUCAUCCUGUAAGAGUUUCCCAGGGUGUGGAAUGCUAAUGGCGGGAGGCUUCACUGUAUCCUGAGGAGGUUCUUUUGCAUAUGGAUUGGUACUUGAUGUGCUAAUCUUCUCUGCAGGGCUAUUGUCGGGGAUAGAAUGUUUUGUUAGCCUGGUGUUUUUCAGAACUGGAAACCAUGCUCUGUUCAUUCUUAAUUGUAUUCUUGUUUUGCAAAAAAUCGUAUUUUAAUUGUAUUCUUGUUUUGCAAAAAAUUGUUUUGCAAAAAAUCAGUUGUAUUCUUGUUUUGCAAAAAAUCGUGGAGGUUCACAAGAAAUAACUGGAAUUUUUUUUAAAGCAAUGACUGAGAAACAGGAAACAUACAGAGGCUGUGGAUUCAGUGCUGGGGUGCAAUACCCCUGGAUGGGGUGUGUGUGUAUUGCCUAUGGAUGCAAAUGAUCUCCUAGCCCUUUUACCAUCAACAGUACAAUCUUUAUUACAACCCUUUUACCAUCAGCAAUACAGUCUUUAUUACAAGGUUUCAGCAGAUACUGCAGAAAGAUUUUCCAAACUGUUCUCUGUGUUCUUAAGGACUAGAAGUUUAUUGUUUUACUUUAAAAAAAAAUGAGAUCUGAGAUGAUUUUUUUAAGGAUGCCAAAGCAGGGAGCUAAAGAGGGCAAGAGCGUAAAAUAUAGUUGGAGUCAGAACGCGUGCAUGCAUAGGUUGGUACAUAGAAUUUUAUGCUAUGGUUCUAUAAGGGAAAUAGCUCUUCAGGAAAGAUGAAUCCUUAUUAUCGCUUCUCAGCCAGCUACGUUUAUUGACCAUACUGUAUGGGUUACAAUAAUAUUGUAAACUAUUUCUGUUCUUCCAAUUGACAGAGCUGUUGAGUCCAACCCCAUGCUUGUAAAUCCCUCUGAUUUUUAUAGGGCUUAUUCAUAAGAUUGUAGCCGGACUCUUUAGAAAAGCACAAAGAAAAAACAUUUACAUUUUAUUAUCCCUCGACCCUCAUGACACUCCCAUAACAAUUGAGGGGGCAGCUAGAAAUAAAUACUAUCUCACAUUAAGUGAAUGGAAUGCUCACUGGGUGCCAUGUCAAUUACUCUUUCUUUCUCUCUUAUGCUUUAAAAAUUAUGUAAAAUUGAGCAUCUCCUAGUCUGUGGCCCAGGCUAGCCUGCUAUUGUCAGAUCUCAGAAGCUAACCAGGUUCAGCCCAAGUUAGUACUACUUUGUUGGGAAACCACCAAAGAAGAUGAAGGUUGCUAUGCAGAGGAAAGCAAUGGCAAACCACUUCUGUUCAUUUCUUGAAAAUCCCAUAUGGGGAGGGUUGCCAGCUGUCCGGUUUUCCCCUAGACAAUCUUUUUUUGCCAGACUGCCCAAGGAAAACAAAGUUGAAAUACUGAACACCUGUACAGUGCACGUCCCCGCUCACCUGACUGCCCGGCCUGCCACAUGCCUGGGGAGCGGGCGGCCCAUUUGCCUGCCCGGCCUGCUGUGCAGUGUGUACUUGGGGAACAGCUGGCCAGCCAGCCUGCCGGCAUCUUGCACUCCAGCAAUGAUGUCACAGAAGCGAUGUCAUCAAGCUCGGCUGGGAACACACAUGCACUUUGCAAGCUAGGCUUGCCAACCUCCAGGUGGUGGCUGGAGAUCCCCCGGAAUUACAACAGAUCUCCAGGUGACUUAGAUGAGUUCACCUGGAGAAAAUGGUGGCUUUAAAGGGUGGACUGUAUGGCAUUAUACCCUACUGAGGUCCCACCCCUCCCCAAACCCCUCUUUCUCCAGGCAAUAACUCCCAAAUCUCCAGGAAUUUCCCAGCUUGGAGCUGGCAACCCUAUCAAGCACACAAAGGAAAGAAGAAAGAGUAAGUGCCAGGAGCCCCUCUGGUUUGGCGGGGGGGAACUACCUGGCAACCUUGCAUAUGGAGUUUCCAUAAGUCGGCUAUGACUUGAUGAUGCUGUAUGCAUGUGUGCAUGCAUGUGCACAACACACACAAAAUUAAGUCACUUGUGGACAUUAGAGAACAAAGGUAUGGCAGAAAGCUUCUAAAUACAAGUGGUAGGAUACAACUCAGGCUUUAUUCUUUAUACUCUGUCAACACUUAAGGACAACUGGUUAGCCACCUGGGCUGCCUGGAUGGGCUACUGGUCUGAUUGCCUAAGGCUCUUCAGAUAACUACGUCACCUCCUGAGGAGGCUCUACUUCCUUUUCUCUUCUGUGGGAUGUCAGCGGAUGGCAAGAAGGAACAUGAAAUCUGAAUGACUUUUUAAACAGCAAGCGUGAUCUCAGUAAUAAUAAAUUAUGUCUUUCUUGGAAGGAAGAACUCCUCAUCCUGUACUUCUGGCAACCUUCCUGAAUGUUCUGUACCAAGAUUCUUUCUAUUGUCCUUUGUGCUGUGGGGCAGGUGGGACUGGUUUGGAGGAGGGUUGGGCCCAACUGCAGAUAAAGUUAAAUCUUUAAAAGCAAAAAAGUCAGCCUAAGUAUUACGUUGGACAUAUCCAGUUCCAGAUAUUGGACCCUAGGAAAAUUAAGCAUCCUAAUAUGGGCCCAUGGAUGGAGUUCAUUUGUUGAGUUGAUGUUUUGAAUUUGGACCCAUGUCUCCUCAUGGCAGCCAUUUUGUGCUUCCUCCUAGCCCUCCCAUCAUGGCAGCCAUUUUAUUGUAACACCCACUACCUAUUCUCAAAGUUACAAAUGCGCUUGAAGGAUCAACAACGUUGAGGAUUCCUGUCAUAGGUGGGUAACCUGGAGAUAUUUGGUGGAGUGGGUGAGGAAGCAUAUUGUUGGCUAAAAAUUGGUGGAUGUGUAUUAGAUUCCAGUUUUUAUUUACGGAGGCUAUCAUGUUUGUUUUGCUAAGGAAUGAGGGAGAAACAUUAAAAUGGGCUUUCCCUUUAGUUUGUGAAAUUGCAAGUUAUUGAGACCAUUCAAUACCUUAAUAGGCACCAGUCUUUUGUAUGUUCAGUUGGAAUAUAUUUGAUCGUGGUUUAUGCAGUUGUUAUACAUUCUCUCAAAUUUGUCCUAUUUUAAUUUUUAUUGCUUAUCAUGCUAAAGAUGUCAUUGUUAUAUUUCAGAUUUAGAUAUCAUACUUGUUAGCUGCUUUUUGAAGGUUCGCUCCUUGGAUGGAAAAGCGAUAGAAAAUAUUUUAAUGCAUAAAUGCAUGUCACAAUGUUAUUGCAGCAUGUAUUGACGCAGCAAAAAUUAAUGACAAAAUAUUUUAAGACUUGUACAAUUCCAUCGGUUUCUGAGAGCGGAACUACAAGUGACAAAAGGCACAGGUUGGACACUUGCUAGCUUCCCUCAAGUUUUGAUGGGAAAUGUAGGCGUCCUUGUCUUGCAGCUUGGCUCUCCGACUGCUGUCCAAUGGACUUUUCAACCGUCACUUGUCCAACAUUCCGCCAAGCUGCCUACAUUUCCCAUCAAAACGUGAGGGAAGCUGACAAGUGUCCAACCUGUGCCUUUUGUCACUUGUAGUUCCUCUCUAAGUGACUGAUUACAGUUUUUAGAUGAAAUGGUGGUACUUUUCCAUACAAUGCAUUAUGUUUUUGUGUAGCCUCAUAAAAAAGUCUAUAGUUGAUAGAGAAUAGCGGUUAGAGUAUCAGGUUAUCAGGGAGACCCAGAUUCGAAUCCUUACACUGCCUUGGAAGCUCGCUGGGUCACCUUGAGCCAGUCACACACUGUCAGCCUAACUGACAAUAUUGCUGUAUGCAUAAAAAGGAGACGAGGAGAACAAUGUAAUCGUCUUUGGGUCUUCAUUGGAGAGAAAGGCGGGAUGCUGAGUUUUGGCCCAUGAAUUUCCCCAUUCGAUACCAGGGGCUCCCUGGCACUUGAAUCCCUUCAGUCACAAUUGGUUGGUUCUCCACGGUUUUCCCAAUUAGCUUGUGCAGUUAUAUGCCCUGGAUCCCUGCUGUUAGGUGAAGGAUUGCCCAACUGCUGCUGUAUCCAAGAUAUUUGAUGGCUCUCUUCCAUAUUCCCCCUCUUUGUGCUAAGGUGACAUUGGCGGGAAGGAGAGCUAUUCCUUUACAGGUGGAGGCGAUGGAGGCGGAGUCAAAUUAAUUACGCUGGAUGUAAUUAAUUUGACUGUUUUCCAUUUGAUUGUACUACAUGGUGCUGUAAACUAUUAACUGUUUGAUUGUUGCUUGGUGGAAGUUUUCACCCCUGAAGAGGUUGUUGCCACGAAACUCCAGACUCAAGCAGGUGCUGCUGUUUGCUGUUCUUGCCCUGCCUCCAUCUCCUCCACCUGUAAAGAAAUACAGAGAUGUUCUUUAUUAUAUUACGACUUUUCUAUACUUAUUGUGACUUCAUAUUGGAAGCUUACCUGUCGGACGCCUUCCUGUUUUUACCUUAUUUGCACCUUGUUUAUUAAUUUCGGAUAUUUACUGGGUGUUUCUUGCUUAAGAAUUUGUUUAAUGUGUGUAUAAAUUUUCUUUUAAUUUUUUUUAAAUUUUGAAGAGGUCAGGACAGGGAGGGGCAUGGGAAGGGAAAGGAAGAUAGGAGGGGGAAAUCAACAAACACGCUAAUUAGUCUGCUUAGAACAUUACUCUACAUAUCAUCUGAUACUACAGACAGGUAGACUGUGAUGAUUAAAACAAAUUGUAUUCGAGCCUUUAUAUCCUUAAUAUAUUCAAGUCUUUGUGCUUAUUUUCAACCCAAUCAUAGAAUGAAGUCCAAGGCCCAGCAAAAUCCGAUUCGUCCUUUCAAUAUUGAGGUCAAUUUGUCCAUUUCUGCGCUCUCCGUAAUCUUCACCACUAGUUCUUCUUGAGUGGGAAUUGUUUGACAUUUCCAAUAAUAUGCUAAUAAAAUUCUAGCUGCCGUUACUGCAUGUAUUAUAAAGUAUUUCUGAUCCUUGCUAAAUUCAUCUGGAAUGCAGUUCAAUAAAAACAACUCAGGUUUAAAAGGUAUUGGCACCUGUAGAAUUGUUUGGACCAUUGUAUGCGCAGUUACCCAAAAUUUAUGUAUAUCUUGACAAGUCCACCACAUGUGAUAAAAUGUUCCUGUAUGUGUGCAUAAAUUUUCUUGAC